UUGUUUACAGUCGGUCGAUGACACUGAUAUGGUCGAUGACAACUAAAAAUUGAACUGAAAAACUUUAUAUUUUCUUUCUUUCUCCGUCCUAAAACCUUUCCGAUUUCCUUUUUUCGAAGUUAUUCGCCACGUUGAAGAACAGCAGGGUCCGAUUUACCUUCCGAAGCACAAUCGGCAUGAAUUUGGGACUCGUUUUGUCAAUUUUAGGUAAGCCUCUAGCUUAUAAUAAAUUUUUCAAACUACUUUGCAUAGAAUUUAGUUGGUAAACAAAGUUAAUAUUUGCUAUAGAAUUAUUAAAAUACGUUGUUUAACUCGAAUCACAGUAGCCAUAGUUGAAAGGGCUUAUAGAAUUUGUUUUGUAGUGAUACUUUAGAGCCGAACGGGUUUGUAGCGAAAAAUAUAGCUGUUUCCGAUUGAGAUGUAUUUGUCCAUAUAUUCGUAGCACCGAGCGUAGCACCUGCUUGUCCUGUUAGAAUCCUUUUAUGGCGAUAAAUGGCUCAAUGUUAGGGAUAGGAUCUAUUUAAGAAAAACUGUAGUUAUGUGAGUUUAAGUUACGUGUACGAAACAGUAGUUAUUUGUGUUGUAUUUGAUUUCCGUUCUUGGAAAAAAAGGUAAAUGUCAUGACAUGUUGCUUGAGAUUUUUAAUUGCGCAUCACAAAAUAUAGGUCUUUAAUACUAUAAACGGCGCUGGCUUCAGUGGUUAUAAAGGUUCGACCCCUGUCUCCCCAUGGAAGUGAAACCAAAUUUAAAAGGCCUAAAUUUCAGCAAUGAAAAAUAUAAAAUGUCAGAUUGUUCAAAUUGUUCAUGAAAAUCAUACUAAUUAUUUGAUAUGUUUAACCCAUUAAGCGCCAGUGCUCUCCCCUUGACGAGUAAAAGAUUCCGUCUGGUGUUAGACAGAGUAAAAUAAUAAAGUAGGGUGCAUUGCAAAUAAAUUAUUUUACUUUAUUAUUUUACUCUGACUAGCUGUCUAACGCCAGAUGAUUUUACUUGUCAAGGGAAGAGUGCUGGUGCUCAAUGGGCUAAUGCCGCUAAUCAACAUUUUUUAAUUUGCUCUGUGACUCUGUCUAAUGCCGGACAAUUUUACAUGUCAAGGGGAGAGCAGUGAUACUCAAUGGGUAAGUAACAAACAUAUGAGCAUAUGAACGUAUGUUAUUGCAUCCGAAAUUCUUUCUUUUUAAUUGCAGUGUCAUCACUUGGCCAUGUCCAAGCAAUAAACAGCUCAAAUCCUGAAUGUGAGGAUCUUGACCGCCUGCAGUCAAACAUGGCAAAAGCUAUUAAAGCAGCAAGUGGCUCUGUGAAAUGCAAGCCUAACAGUAACUGUACAGGUAUACAAUACAACGAAAAUAUAUAAAUAAGCUGGCAGCCACCAGAGGGUGUACCACUGCAUAGCUAAUUUCAAUUACCAUUGGCUAGCAAAUAGCUAGAACAACAACCAAAAACAGGCUACAAAUACAAUGAAUUGUUAAAAAAUGUCUUUACCCUUUUGUAACCAGCAUUUAUAAAAAUCCUGAUGUUUUAGUGUUGUUUUAAUUAAUUAAUAUAUCUUCUCAAAUAUAUAUCUUGUCAAAACAAAAAUUUCAUCCAUCCGUAUACUAUAAUAGUUUUGUUUGUGAAAACACCACGUAAAUUUAUUACUGCAAAGCUUUCGAUCAGUAAGCCCGGAUCUUCAUCAGUUCUAAUAAUAUGUGACUUGUUCAAUUCACAUGCCCUUUUUAUAUACAAAAGUGAAUUGCAUUCUUAUACUGCAGUAAACAAGCUUAGCUGACUCAGACACAAAUUGGAUAAAAAGAUGAACACACUUAAAAUGUUGUCAAAACUUACCCCAUAUUUGUAAAAUUAUUGUUCAGCCACCUACUUUUCACCAUGCAUAGAUGUUUACUUAAAAUAAUUUUGAAAGCUCUGUAUCUCUUGGUUUAAUUGUGGAAAACACCUUGUAUAUUUUGAAAAACACCACGCCAAGCUUUCAGUUAAAAUUGAAGCUUUCAGUUGAAAUUGAAAAGCAGAACACUAUAGAUCUGAAGGAAAAGCUGUUAGACAAUAUCUUGUGUGCACGCUCUCUUAAUUACUGCACAAAGUUAAUUUCUCGUUCUUCACGUUGUUCGUGCAUGUGCAUAGUAUGUAAUUAGAACCACACCACCACACUAGUUGCUAGUAACACACUGUAAUAUUACAACAAAAAUUGCGGUUACUAUAGAAUAUUUUAAUACAACACAAAACAAUUGACACUUUACGUUUCACUAAUUUUUCUUCUGAAGAUGACUUAAAUUAAUAGUUGAAACUUAAAGAAUGAAAAUUUUUACAAUUUUCGGAGUGCCUUUUGUUUUACUGUAAAGGCUCGUUUACACUUGCAAUUUUUUUGGUGCUAUUUUCUUUUUCUGAUGGAUGUGAACAAGUCAUGCGUAAGUUGUGAACAUGCCUGUAGAAAGUAGGAAGUUAUGGAGCGACGCUACCUCCAAAGUCUAAAGGGCUAACUCCAAACCAAAAUAUACACUUGAGUAACUUGUGUAAUUCAAGACUGAGUUGAAAUAUGAAUUCUGGAGUUACUGGCUAACUCCAAAAAUCAUUUGGAGCUAAGUAUACAACUGCAAAAAUAAUUUAGGAGCUAGGCAUCUAAGCCUGGAGUUACUGGCUAACUCCAAUAAUCAUUUAGAGCUACGUAUAACUCCAAAAUCAUGAAAAAACAAGGUAUUUAAGCCUUGAGUUACGCCUAACUCCAAAAAGUAUGUGUAUAGCGAGGCGAAUCAGCCUAUAGCCGCUAGAAACAUACAUGUAAGGUUGAAGUUACUUGCUGUGUUGCUAACUCCAAAAAUAAUUUGGAGCUUGUUAUCUAAGCCAGGAGUUACUGACUAACUGGAAUAACUGCAAGAACUCUCAGAAUGCACUUCUAUAUUCCGCUGUAUUAAAUAAGACUGAAAUACCCACAAUAUGCGCACAAACAUGACAUUGACACACUUGGCAUUUUGUUCUCGUUCAGAGGCUAAAUUGUGAUCAGCAGUUGACUGUUGAGGCAAACCCAUUCUCGUACACCGCGUCCUUGUCAUGCUCUGUUGAUCGUGUGUAAGGCGGGCUCUGGGUACGAGAAUGUGGCAUAGUCUAGCUCCAUUUAAAGAUUGGCUACCUCCACAAAAAUAAAAUCUACAGGUAUGGUUGUGAAUGUUCAGAUGAGGGUACAUAUACUCCGAGCAUUCAUCACUCACUAACCCAUCUACUAGUUCACAUGCAUCAGAAGGAGAAAAUCACACUCGAAAUCGCAGCAAAAAUUGCAAGCUGUAAACAGGCCUUAAUAAAGUUCUCUAAAUAAUUAUGACAGGUCUUGAAUGCAGUGGGAAAUUAAAAGAUAAGCCAUUUCAUGGAACUGUACUCUUGGAAGGCUGCCACGAUCCUGUGAGAAUGCUCAUACAUGUGAAUAAGAAAAGUUUGUAUGUUAAAGAUGGUUUCAACAGGAAGGUUAUGUCAAAACCAGUGCCUGUUCACAUGCAAGUUUAUUUGAAAAAGAAAGCUGGUAUCGUUUAUGUGACUGUAAGUGCCUAAUAUAAGGUUAUAUUCAUUACAAAUAUUUGCAAGUAUUAUCAUUGCUUACCAUACAUCCUCUAUUUAUCCCCAUCCCCUGAUGAUCAAAUAAGGCCCCAUGCAGCUGAAAAUGGGAAAACCUCAAACCUCAAUAAGAAUUUCGAGAUGCCAUUUUUCUUCAGGAAGUGUUUGCUGUUUUUUAAUGGUAUUUUUCCUCUUUCUGUAUAGCUCAUAGCGAAAGUGUGCCUUGUGUCUAAAUUUUGUCUUCCAGCCGUUAAUAUUCUCAACAACCAGGAGAUAAGAGUGCGUUGCAAUGGUUCCGCAUGUAAGUACUUGUCCGGAGGUUAUGUUAAUUCCACCUGAGUUUAUCUGUGUGUAUUUGUUGGUCAACACGAUAGCUCACAAAAUAUCCAACAUAUUAUUACGGGCUAAUAGAAAUAGUUCAAGGAACCAUUUCGAAGGGUUUCUGUGAGGGACCUGUACCGGGUUCCGAAAUCCCGCCAUCCCGACCGAUUUUCACUUCAAAUCCCGUUAUCCCGCUAUGCCUCAUGCCAAUUUCCCGCUCCCGACUUUUUUCUAACACUGUUCAACAUUUUUUUAUUUAAAGAACAUGCGACCUAAAACACAAUUUGAAUAUACACUAGAAUACAAUACAACAAAGUUUAAAAUAGCAAUCAUAUAUGUAAAUGAAGGACUGAUUAGGGAUAAAUGUUCGAUAUCAUCCUUGAAAACAGUAAAUUUCGAGCAAACAAAUGGCAACCGAUAGGCUAACGUACAGCUAUACAAGUUUUGUUGAUUUAUUAUAAGUAAUAGCAUGGCAUUCAGGGCGAUUGGUGAUUAAAUGUAUUCGAAAGCCGAGAGAGGUUUAGUAAAAGUCCCGAGACGCGUAGCGCCGAGGGACUUUUACUAAACCUCUCGAGGCUUGAGGGACAUUUCAUCACUAAUCGACCGUAAUGCCAUGCAAUAAUAUUACUUUGUAAUAUCAUAGUUAACGAGGGAAUCGCGCGUGGUGUGUUGCCUGUUUUGAAUGCUGUUUGAUUGUCUUAUGAUUGUGGUACGAACACUUCUCAUAUAUACGCAGGCGCAGAAACACAUCUCCGUGUUCAUUGGCGUUUUAGGCAUGCGCAUAAACGGAAUUUUCUCCCACAAUUGAAAUGUUCAAGAUUAGGGAGUAAAAACUGACAAAGUGAUUGUUGGAAUGUGUACGGGACGGUGUCGUCAGAUACUAGGGAGCUUUAGAUUUGACUACGAGUACGAGAUUUGAUCGCGUGCGAGGAAAUUACCGUAGUCGUUUUCGUUUCCAUUCAAAUGUUGCUUUUAUAACAGUGAACCAAUAACUAGAGAAAAAGUUUCAUAAACUAAAUCUCCUGCCGACUAAAAUCCCCUACAAAACGUGUAAAUAAGUCAUAACAUUAAAAACAGGCCAGAUAUUUAGCACUAAUAUAUUAUUUGCGCCGGAUAAACGCUAUAUAAAUGCUACAAAUUAUUUUUGGAAAACAAAAAAAAGUCAACUUUCUUUGUUUUUUUUGAAAAGUCGUCGUGAGGACUACGAGGUUUCUCCACAAUUUCGUACUCAGAUGGGCGACAGCUACGACUUUUUAGCGUCAGUACCAUAGAGAUUAUAAAUAACACUAGAGGAGGCAUUGUAAUCUUAAUUCAGUAAAAAAAAGGGAACGCGACUAUUGGGGGGCAAAUUCAAGUCCCGGAUGUGUAUUCGUGUUCCCAUUUGUGACGAGUUUCAAAUCAGCCAAUGAGAGCACGAUUUUAUAUCCGGGACUUGAAUUUGCCCCCCAUUAGCUGCGUUCCCAAUUUUUAAACUCGAUGCCUCCUCUAGUGUUAUUUAUAAUCUCUAUGGUCAGUACGGGAUGGCGUAAGCAUACAGCAUGCGUUUAACUUGACGAAUCUCGUACUCGUAGUCGUACUCGUAGUCAAAUCUAAAGCUCCCUACUGUCCAUAGUUGUGCCGAUGAUUUUCGAUGAGGUACAACUCUCCAAUCAGAGCUAAUGAGGUACGCUUUUGUCUUCUAAAUUUCCCUCAUCAAGCAUGCAUUUGCCCGUGGUAAAAUUAGUUCUAAUUUUGCUCCAUGUUUUAGUAAUGAGGUAAAUUAGUGAUUAAUCGUACCUCGUGAGACAAAGGAUUUCGAGGCAACUAUGAUAUUAUCCAGCUAAUCGCGCAUCGGUUACUUCCCGCAUGUCGCCAUGGUAUUUUUAUUAAUCCCACUUCCCGCGAUGGAAUAAAAUCCCACUUCCCGCCAAUAUUUCUCUUAAAAACCCGAAUCCCACUUGAGUUUUAGACGCAUCCCGCAAAACCGGUACAGGCCCCUCUUCUGUGGGUAUCCUGGCGUUUUUCCCAUGUCACCAAAACCCAACCCAUGGAGCCUUAGUUGUCAGGCAGGUUUAGGUCUGAUAAAUGUAUAAACAUUCCACUCAAAAUAUCGAUCUACAAAUCCCUUCGAAAUAAUAAUAAUGAUAAAAUUGUUUAUUUCAACAAUAAUAAUAAUAAUAAAAUGUGAUUAAAUUGACUAACUAAAUUAAUAUUUCACAUAAUUACAUAUAACAGAAAUCACAUUACUUUGACAGCACAGUGACACUAAUAUAUGAUGACGUAAACGGAUUUCUGGAACGAAAUCUACAAGCUACUUACUAUGGUAAUCAUAUAUAGAGCGCAAAAUUACUCGAAUAUGAUUGGCUAAUGAUGAGGGCAUUUUUUCUUAAUUCAGGGCAAAAUUGCUUGUACCCGAUUGGCUGAGACGCAAGCGCGGGAAGUUCCUUGUUUUAAAUAGCAAUGAAAACGAUGGCUUCUCGCUUUGUCGUUGCGGAUAAUGAUCUUAUUGAAGAAUUAAAAACUUCUAGUGAAAACUCGUGCACUGGAAAAAGUACAAAUUUAUGUGUUGGAGUAUUUAAGAAAUGGCCAACAUUAAGGAACUUCGGCAAACACAUGGAGACAUACGAGGUUCAAGAACUUGACAAGUUAUUAACUUACGAAUAAAGUUUGCCCUCUAUGGUUAACAAGUAAUCGCAUGGUUCCUCGUAAAAUUAUGGUUUAAUUUCACUUACGUUUUCAAAGUUUCACAAUUUGUGAAACUUUCAAAACACGCGUGAAAUUAAACCUUAAUUUUACUCGGCCCCAUGCGAUUACCUAUACUACUUUUUAUGUACAUAUAGAUGUAACUGAAUAUGACUAUCUAAUUCCAUACAAGAUGUAUCGGGCGACUAAAUUUUUAGUUAUAUCAAGUCAGAUGCCCAAAAAUCGUGAUAUUUACUAUGAAAUCUACUGUAUGUUUUGUUUUUGGGACGCGCGUCCCAAAAACAAUCUUUUAAUCAGUAAUUUCACAAUUUUCGAAAGCUUAUUAUUCGAAGGAUAUUCAUGUAAACGUCUUCAAACUUUGUAUUGAGGUGGUCUUUUUAGUGAUUUGGUUCACUUCUUAAUCUGGGCACUUUUUAACACUCGUCCCCAAUCCUCUCAUCAACUUCGGAAUGGCUAAUUGGGCAUCAAUACCCUAUGUACUUGACAUUUGUAAAUAAAUAAUUACCUCCGCCAGAAUGUUAUGCAUGUUAUCCGCGUUUGUGUGUGUGUCGAUAACUUAAAACACGAUAACUUAAAAAAGAUCAAACGUAUUAACACGAAAAUUUGUGGGACUAAUGGACAUUACCCAAGGACAAAUUGAUUAAAUUUUGGUUAAAUUUGGAUGAAAAUCGGAUGUGAAGUUAGCAAAAUAGUUUAUGCAUGAUACGUAUACAUGCAUAAGUUAUAUUAUUAGUACGUGGAAGUUCGUUCUGAUUUUCAGGCAGUUGCAAAAUACAUCCAGACCCUGAAAUUGUGAAAUUGUAUUCAUCACCACCUAUUCUGGCAUUAAACAUUCAAGAAUUAUAUUCAGUAAUAUAUUCCAGUUGUUUGGUAAAACAAGGCAUAAUAUUCGUUAUUAUUUAGGGCCGACAAUACCGUCAUGGUCUUCAGACCCGACAACACAGAAUAAGGCGUUCUCGGCAGGGCACAAGUCAGGCAACAGUUCUGGAGGUGGAGGUCAGUAUAUUAUGUACGAAGGUCAAAGAAAAAUGAAAUAUACUGUACAGUAUAAUUAUAUUUCUUGCACCGACGCAAAUGAUUACAAAGGCUAUAUAGUGGUUUGAUUAUAAUUUCACUUCCGCCGAGAAGAAUACUUCCAGUUUGGCUCUUAACCAAACAGUGCAGGUUUUCAUCUGUUUUCCAGGGAAUGUCAGGGAACCAUUUGGUCCCAUGGUCCGAAACCUUUUUGGAUGGAGGAAGAAAGAAAGAUAAAGCUAGCUGGCCUAGUAUCCAAGUUAGUUUAGUUUUAGUUUCUCCCUGUAGUAACACUGGAGCAAUAAAGGUUCACCUUUACUGGGCCCCUAGGACGGAACGAGUAAAGUUAGUUAAACCUGUAGUAACACUGAAUCAAUAAGAGAUGAUCCUUACUAGAUCUCUAGGGAGAACGGUUUAGAACAGAUAGAGCUAGAGACAAAUGAUAGAGACAAAUUUGUUAAAUUUUGGUUGAAUUUGGAUGAAAAUCGAGGGAGCCUCGCAGUGCCUCGGAAGGUCGUCUCCAAUUGGAUGGGGGUUUCCUACAGAACGAAGCAAUUCAUUGUUCUGAACACAAAAGCAAUUGUCAAAUCGAGCCAAUGAAAAUCACUCUUACGAGCUACUGCGAGACUAUCCGAAAAUCGGAUGUGAAAUUAGCAAAAUAAUUUAUGCAUGAUUACGUAUGCAGUUUCCAAGUGCCCACUAUAGUUCAGUUAUAUUAUUAGUACGUGAAAGUUUGUUCUCGUUUUCAGGCAGUUGCAUAUAAUACAUCCAGACCCUGAAAUUAUCUUCUUCACCACCUAUUCUGGCAUUAAACAUUCAAGAUUUUAUUUCAGGAAUAUAUUCCAGUUGUUUGGUAAAACAAGGCAUAAUAUUCGUUAUAAUUUAGGGUCGACAAUGCCGCCAUGGUCUUCAGAUCCCACAACACAGCAUAAGGCGUUCUCGGGAGGACACAAGUCAGGCAACAGUUCUGGAGGUGGAGGUCAGUAUAUUAUGUACGAAGGACAAAGCAAAAUGACAUCUACAUGCAGUAUAAUUAUAUUUCUUCCACUGACG